AUAUAAGUAAGCAGUGGGUAGGCUUUUCAGCAGACAGAGAAAAACUAUGCUAGAGUACUGUAGAUGCAGAGAGGUGUGUGUAGUGUAUCGUCAGCCGUAUGUGACUGAAGCAGCAGCGUGGGAUCUACAGUAUGCAGAUAGGGCAUCUGGCGAGGGCAGCUAUGAUUAUGGCUAUGUGGGCGCCACACUGGUGAGAGUAUGUGGCUGGAUUUGGCCAUUACCCUUGUGGUUAACUGCUGGUUUGACUGAUGACUGCAACCCCCAAAGAUGAUUGACAGUUGCCUGUGCUGAGUCACGUAGCAGAAUGCCCGGUGUGCCCUGCGGGGCCUUGCAACACCACACUGUGCCCGUAGCCUGUGCCAUCAUCUGUUCCUGGCUGUUGAUCCUGGUCCAUUCUGCCUUUUGCCAGAAACCUGCAAAGCUGCCUCUGGUGGGCCGUAAGCCUUUCCUGGCAGCCUGGAAUGCUCCACUGGAUAUGUGUAUGUUGAAGUACAAUAUCAACGUCAGCCUUGAUCUUUUCCAUAUCAGUGGCAGUCCACGAGCCGUCCACACGGGCCAAAAUGUCACCAUCUUCUAUGCCAACCGCCUGGGUUACUACCCUUUCUACAACGAGCAAGGGGUUCCCAUCAAUGGAGGCCUACCUCAGAACAGCAGCCUUGAAGCACAUCUUCACAAAGCCCGAAAAGACAUAGCGCACUUCAUCCCUUCGGAAGACUUCCGUGGCCUGGCUGUGAUCGACUGGGAGUUCUGGCGGCCACAGUGGGAUCGUAACUGGAACAAAAAGUACAUUUACCGACAGCGUUCAAGCGAGCUGAUUGCACAGGCUUACCUUAAUGUUACCGACAAACAGGUGGAAGAACUGGCACGCUUGCGCUUUGAGAAGAGUGCCAAGGAGUUCAUGCAGGGCACGCUGAAGCUCGGUACACAAACUCGUCCGCACGGACUCUGGGGUUUUUAUCUCUACCCUGACUGUCACAAUUACAAUGUACAUGCACACGACUACAAUGGCACAUGCCCCCAACAGGAGAGCAAACGCAAUGACCAGCUAUUUUGGUUGUGGAACAGCAGCACUGCCCUCUUCCCAGCCCUCGCUAUACGCAAAGGCCACAUGGACAGCAUUCACAACCUGCACUUCUCACAGAACAGGGUACUGGAGUCGCUGCGACUGGCCUCCCUUACCUCAUUGCCCUAUGACCUGCCUACAUAUGUAUACACACGCUUGGGGUAUAGAGAUGAGGCCAUGGCGUUUCUGACUCAGAAAGACUUGAUACAUACAAUAGGAGAAAGCGCUGCUUUGGGUGCUGCAGGAUUUGUCAUUUGGGGAGACCUUAACCUCACUUCUUCAAGGCACAACUGUUCCAAAGUGAAGGCAUUUUUGAACCAUAGACUGGGUCAGUACAUCACUAACGUUACCCGGGCAGCAGAAAUCUGUAGCGACUUACUGUGUCAGUCCAAUGGGCGAUGUGUCCGUAGAGACCCACAGGCACCACACUACCUGCACCUGAGCCGCGGCAGCUAUCGGAUCCUGUCCAAUCGAAACGGCACCUUCACCGUGACCGGACAGCAAUCUAAGAACGAGCGGCAGAUGCUGGCCGACAAGUUCCGCUGUCACUGUUAUCAGGGGUAUGAAGGAGAGCGCUGUGAUAGCAUAGAGCCGGAGGAGACAGACGAGGACAACAUGAUAAAAGAGGAUGUAGAGGAGGAGGACGGAAAGAAGAAACCAGAGGUCAACAAAGAUGUACAGGAUAGUGCUGUGCCUUUACAAAACGCCUUCAUCCUGACUGUUCUACUCCUCUUGUUGAACUUCAGUUCUAUUUAGAGGUGAAGUGUGUAUUUUCUGCACCACUAACAUCAUCUGGUGCAUGUUCAAUAAAACAAGUUUACCAAAUAUGCCAGGCUUAUUUCAGUUAGUCUGACUUAUUUAGAACCAAAUCAACUGACAAAAAGUCAGACUAACUGAAAUAAACCUGGCCUAUUUGGUAAACUUGUUUUAUGAAACAAGCUCCAGGUGGAACUGCAAAAACAACAGUUAUUGUUUCCAAACAGGUUUCCCAAACACCCCCUGUAUGCCAUUGGUUGAACAAUCAGAUAGCCCCGCCCCAAACUCACAUAAUUCGUUAAGACUCUGUUGACAUGUUCAGCUGGUCAGAUUCACAAACAGAGAAAUGUUUUUAAAAUGCUACAGAGCCAAAGUUUACACUAGAGGGCAACCAAAAUAUAUUUUUUUUAUAUCAAGGUGGUCAAUAGCUGAUAAAUAUAUAUGAGAAUUUGAUUUAAAGAUACCAAAUAACUCAUGCUGCAAUUAAUUUUAUCACGGUUGACAACUAGUCUAGACUUUUCAAGGGAAUCAACCUACAAAUAGCUAAAUUACAGUUGUAUUUUCUUCAAUCUCAGAUUAGAAAAAUGACACACUUCACCUUUAAUGAAAAGUGGCUAAAGAGCCACUUUGAUGGCACAUCAUGACAUGUCAGGUUUUAAUAUUUGUGAUUUUGCAAUACUGAAAAAUGAUAGAUGUUACAAUGGUGCUGUAUGCUAAUGUAGAUGAGAUGCAAGCCUUGUUUGCACAAACUUCAGUCUGAAUAUUUUUUUUUAAAUUGUUCUGGAUGAAUGCUCGAUGAUUGUUAACUCGUCACUGUUUUCUGACAGGAAAGGUUAAAUCUAUGCAGUCUGUUUUUACAAAGCACUGACAACCAAGAUGCUUCCCGUGAUGUAUAUUAGCAAGCUUAUCACUUACAACAAUACUUGCUAUCAGAGCACUUCAAAGUCAGGGAGCGCUGGGUAUUCAAAAUUUACCUAAAUGAGGUAAGAUCCACAUAUUAUAUAAACAUGUCAUGCUUUAUAACCUAAACUGGCCAAAUGUUAUAUUUUUCAAAGUUGCUACAUACCAAAUAGCUAAACUUAAAAUAAUUAUAGCCUAUAUCAGUGCAUCAUUAUUUGAAGUGAAUUGUGCUAGUGGGUCAAAAUAAUCCUUAACCUAAAGGUAAAAAUAUAUAUAUAUAAUAAAAUAAAAUGUGCCUCAAUUUAUAAUAUUCUCAAAAAAGGGAAACAGAUAUUAUACACAAAAUCAUGUUCAGAUGUUACUGUUCUCAUUUUAUUGAAAGUUGUAUAAAAUACAGUACAAAUCCCAACAUAAGUUUGUCAUUAUACCAUUAUAUGAAACAAUUAAUCUUUAUAUCUUUAUCUUUCAUCAUAUUUUAAGCCUUUAUCAAUAUUGCACACUAGAAUAAAUCAUUGUACUCAUCAUACUAAUGAUGAGAAAACUCAGUGGACACAACCAGAGUUGAAGCUAGUUGAAUUUCAUUAAAGUACAAAGUCUCAUUUUAUUGUCUUUUUGUCCCCCAAAUUCCUGAAAUGUGUGUUAAACCAAAGAUUAUGAAUAUGUAUGUUUACACAUGUAAGUCUGCAUUUGCUAAACUACAGAAUGCUGUGGUGCGUGAAAACUCAUUAUGAUUGUACGUUAAACUGUGUCUUUUUUUGCUCUUGUUUGAAUGAAGCCAGAAUGAUUGAUACUGAAAACAAAGAAAGGUAUUAUACCUCAACAUCGUUCAGUACUUUGAAUACUUUUAAUUAGCAGAAUCUGCAAACUGUAAUAGAGGUCUACAGAUUGUCUUACAUGUCCAGUUUCAGGUUGAAGGAUAAUCGGACCAUGUUUUAUCACUAUUUUCUGACCUGUUUUGACUCAGUGUGCUGCAUUUUGUUGCAUGUAGACCAUAGUUUGUAUGAGACACUAUUAUCAGAGCCUUCAUUAUUGGUCAGUGUCUUUUUUUUUACCUCACUGCUAAAGUUCUCCAAAAUAUAUUUCCACAGAGUUAUUUUUUAUUCAUCUCAAAAUCAGUCAUUUAUGCAAUGUGUAAUUCAUUACUUGAUUUUUUUUUUUUUUUUUUUUUUACAUUAA